GCGCGCGCCACACUUCCUCAAUCGACGGAAUCACAGAGCGAAAAAACGAGAGGAAGAGAAAACUGCAACUUUCGUCGUGCUGCGGGGAUAAAGAACCGGCGUCGAGUUUGCAGGGCGAGGGUGACACUGUGUUUGUCCAUCUCUGGAAGCAGGUGACCUUGGUACUCGUCACCAUGGCUCCUUUCUUGAGAAUUGCCUUUAACUCGUACGACUUGGGCAUCCUGCCUACUCUAGCUGACCCGCCUUUCUGUGCAAUCAAGAUGAAGGAGGCCUUGACAACUGAACGAGGCAAGACCCUGGUUCAGCGAAAACCCACCAUGUACCCGGCUUGGAAGGCCACUUUUGAUGCGCACAUCUAUGAGGGUCGUGUGCUUGAGGUACUGCUAAUGAAGACAGCAGAGGAGCCGCUGGCUGAGGUCACUGUUGGAGUGUCUGUCCUUGCUGAGCGUUGCAAGAAAGCCAACGGGCGUGCUGAGUUCUGGGUCGAUCUCCAUCCCUCUGGGAAAGUAAUGAUGGCAGUACAGUAUUUUCUCGAGGGAGGUGAUACAGAGAAUAAGCAGGCUGCCAAGGAGGAAGAGGCUCCUACCCUGAACCGUAGACGAGGGGCCAUCAAACAGGCCAAGAUCCACUUCAUAAAGAACCACGAGUUCAUCGCCACGUUCUUCAGACAGCCCACUUUCUGCUCUGUGUGCAGAGAAUUUGUCUGGGGACUCAACAAGCAAGGCUAUAAAUGCAGACAAUGCAAUGCAGCCAUCCAUAAGAAAUGCAUAGACAAAAUCAUCGGCAGAUGUACCGGUACUGCUGCCAACAGUCGGGAUACUGUGUUCCAGAAGGAGCGCUUUAAAAUUGACAUGCCACACCGUUUCAAGACCAACAACUACAUGAGUCCCACCUUCUGCGACCACUGUGGAAGUCUGCUGUGGGGUCUUGUCAAACAAGGCCUCAAGUGUGAAGAUUGUGCCAUGAAUGUCCAUCACAAGUGUCAGGAUAAAGUAGCCAACCUUUGUGGUAUUAACCAAAAACUACUAGCUGAAGCGCUCACGCAAGUUGGCCAGAAGUCGUCCACCCGCCGUUCAGAUCCGAACCUGCCUAAUCUGCCUGAUAUUGGAAUUUACGAUGAGGUGAACAAGCUUGCUGAACUGGAUAUAAAUGAUACAUCUCCCUAUGGAAGACUGUGGGAGGGGUCCAACCCACGGCCUCAGUCUCGUAUUACCCAUUUGACCCGCAUCAACGUGGACAACUUCACCUUCCACAAGGUUUUGGGAAAAGGCAGCUUUGGCAAGGUUCUCCUGGCAGAGCUGAAGGGUCGUGGAGAGUAUUUUGCAGUGAAGGCUCUGAAGAAAGAUGUUGUGCUGAUGGAUGAUGAUGUGGAGUGCACUAUGGUAGAGAAGAGGGUUUUGGCUUUAGCCUGGGAAAACCCCUUCCUCACACACCUUUACUCCACCUUCCAAACCAAGGAGCAUCUGUUUUUUGUGAUGGAGUACCUGAAUGGAGGGGACCUGAUGUUUCAUAUUCAGGAUAGAGGGCGCUUUGAACUCUACAGAUCAACAUUCUACUCUGCUGAGAUCAUUUGUGGUCUUCAGUUCUUACAUAGCAAAGGGAUCAUCUACAGAGACCUGAAGUUGGACAAUGUGAUGCUGGAUCAUGAGGGACACAUAAAGAUUGCCGACUUUGGCAUGUGUAAGGAGAACGUGUUUGGAGAGAAUCGUGCUACAACUUUCUGUGGUACUCCAGACUAUAUCGCUCCAGAGAUCCUGCUGGGGCAGAAAUACUCAUUCUCCGUUGACUGGUGGUCAUUUGGGGUGUUGCUGUAUGAAAUGCUGGUUGGCCAGUCACCUUUUCAUGGGGAUGAUGAAGAUGAGCUGUUUGAGUCCAUCCGCAUGGACACUCCCCACUAUCCUCGCUGGAUCAACAAGGAGUGCAAGGACCUGCUUGAGCGGUUGUUUGAGAGAGAUCCCACACGCAGGCUUGGAGUCGUGGGUCAUAUCCGUCUACACCCCUUCUUCAAGGCCAUCAACUGGCCGGCUUUGGAGAGUAGAGAGGUUGAACCCCCCUUCAAACCCAAAGUGAAAGCACCGAAUGAUUGCAGCAACUUUGAUCGGGAGUUCCUCAGUGAGAAGCCUCGUCUCUCCUACAGCGAUAAGAACUUCAUAGACUCCAUGGAUCAGACGGCAUUUGCUGGCUUUUCAUUCAUCAACCCGAAGAUGGAGCACCUUUUAGAAAAGUGACUGUUGUGAUGGCAGUCAGAGCUUGGUCACAUUUCUACUGCUUACGGACAGUUCCCUUAUUCCGUCACAUUGUUCAACUUGCACACGAGCGAGCUGCUCCACAAUCAGUAUUCGUGUGACCUUAUUGUAAGCACAAACUACUCUCCGAGGGUACGAGUAAAAACGAUAAGAGUAGAAACAUGCCCUUGUACUGUACAUAUUGACGUUGUGUUUGUGUGCAUGCUUAUUAUUUGUCUAGGUUGUGAAGGCCUGUAUGAGUAAUAAUAUUAGGGGGGUAGGUUGAAAAUCUUUACAUUCCACUUGACGUCACCGCUACCAUUUGCAGGCAUUUUGUGUUCCUUUUUGUAACAUUCAGUUCAACCCAAGUGGGGGAGAAAAAAGUAUAAAGAUGGGAAGAAACCCAUAGAAAAAAUUAUGCUGUUUACUUCAAAUGUAGGUUGUUUGUGUGAAUGAGCUGAUUGCAUGUAAACACAUCUCAGACCAAAAAAAACCCCAACCCUGUCCAUCUUUAAAUUUAGAUUAAUAAUGUGUGUUAUCUGUCUUUGAAACGUCUGAAUUCAUGCCUUUGACUCUAUGAAUCAUGUUGAAAAAGAACAGCUGGUGGUGAUUGACUCUUCAGUGCCAUGUAAAGAACAAACUGAAUCUGUAACAGCUGCUCUCAGAUGACCAGUCAGUGGACAGUCGGAUGCAGUCAGGUGCAAAUGGUGAAGUAAAGGUACGCCACCUUAAACAAUAAGUGGGUAGUUACUGAAAUGCUGUAUAUAGACAAUGUAUAUGUAUUUUGUUUUAACAUGUAUAUCGGUUCGCUGAGGAUGUACUUUUUUUACUGUCUCCAUCUUUUACAUCUGAUUAAAAAACCAUCAACUCCCA